AUGGGCUGCAUUUGCUCAAAAGGAGUAAGAACCAAUGAUGAUUACAUCGAGACCAACCAUGUAAGUAUAGCCAAAGACAACACUCCAAAAGCCUCAAAGAAACGAUCUUCUUCAUCGAGAAACGAGAAUCUAGAUCCUGAGGAAUCAGUCGUUAACGGAAACGAAGCUACAUUGAGGUUGAUACCAAACGAUACCAAGAACAUCUUCUCUGAUGAUGAUGACGAGGAAGAGGAGGAGAAGAAGGAGAAAGAAGAGAGCUUUGAGAUCAAAUCCUCUGUAUCUGUGUCUCAAAAGGAUACAACUUUGGAGUUGGUAGAUAGUGUAGGACCGUUGCAGCCAAGAAUGUGUAGAGUUGGUAGUGUUAGAAAUGGAGACAGAACAUCUAAGGUUAUUGCUGGUUGGCCUUCAUGGUUAGUCUCUGUUGCUGGUGAAGCUCUUACCGGUUGGAUUCCUCGCAGUGCUGAUUCAUACGAGAAGUUGGAGAUGAUUGGGCAAGGGACGUAUAGCAAUGUGUACAGAGCUCGUGAUCUCGAGACGAACCAAAUCGUUGCGUUGAAGAAGGUCCGGUUUGCUAAUAUGGAUCCUGAGAGUGUGAGGUUCAUGGCGAGAGAGAUCAUCAUCCUCCGUAGGCUUAACCAUCCAAACGUUAUGAAACUCGAAGGUCUUAUCAUCUCCAAAGCUUCGGGAAGUAUGUAUCUUGUGUUUGAAUACAUGGAUCAUGAUCUCUCAGGCCUUUCUUCAACCCCUGGGAUUAAGUUCUCUCAAGCACAGAUAAAAUGUUAUAUGAAGCAAUUGCUGCUUGGACUAGAACAUUGUCAUAGCUGUGGUGUGUUGCACCGUGACAUCAAGGGCUCAAAUCUUCUCCUUGACCGUAACAAUAACCUCAAGAUUGGCGAUUUUGGUCUUUCUAACUUUUACCGAGGCCAAAGAAAGCAGCCUCUGACUAGCCGUGUUGUGACCUUGUGGUAUCGACCGCCUGAGCUUCUUCUCGGCUCAACAGACUAUGGAGUUACAGUUGAUCUGUGGAGCGCAGGUUGCAUUCUUGCUGAGCUCUUCACCGGAAAGCCUCUUCUUCCCGGACGAACCGAGGUAGAACAAAUGCACAAGAUCUUUAAACUCUGUGGAUCACCUUCUGAAGAGUAUUGGCAAAGAUCAAGAUUGCGUCAUGCGACUAUCUUUAAACCUCAACGUCAGUACAAGCGAUGUUUAGCUGAUACGUAUAAAGAUCUUAUUCCUGCUUCAGCUUUGGCUCUCCUUGAGGUUCUUCUAGCUGUAGAACCGGAAGCACGUGGAACCACGUCUUCUGCUCUUCAAAGCGAGUUCUUUACUACAAAACCUUAUCCGAGUGAGCCAUCAAGUUUACCGAGAUAUCAGCCAAGGAAAGAGUUUGAUGUCAAGCUUAGAGAAGAGGAAGCAAGAAGAAGGAAAGGUGCAAGCAGUAAACAGAACGAACCGAAACGGUUAUCUAAAGCUGUACCGGCUCCUGGAGCCAAUGCUGAGUUACUGUCAUCAAUACAGAAACGUUUUGGGGAGAGUAACCAGACAAGCGUGAGUGAGAUAUUCAACCCUGAGGGAGAUUCUGGCUCUGGCUUCAGGAUCGAACCACGGAAGGCACAGAAUCCUUACCCGGUUUACACAAAUGGAGAGGAUUUAAGAACACAAAGGUCUUAUGUGCAACGAGGGGGAUCACAGUUGUCAAGAUUCUCAAACUCGGUGGCGCCUUCUAGAGAUGGAUCAUCACAGUUUGGAAGUAUGAGAGACGCUAUAGUGAACCAAAGGUGGCUUGAAGAUGGUGGCUCAGGGAAUUGUAAUCUGUCACAGAGAUUGCUUGAGAAACCGAAUGGUUUGAGGAAAGAUGACCACUCAUCCUCUAGCAAAGAAUCGAUAAUGGGUUAUGGUGGUGAGAAGAGAGAGAGGAUUCAGUACUCAGGACCAUUGAUUCCAGGAGAAGGCAACUUGGAAGAGAUGUUGAAAGAACAUGAAAGACAGAUCUUGCUGGCUGUUCGCAGAGCUCAAGCUGAUAAAGCUAAGAGGGACGAUAACAGACAGGCUGCUAAAGCCGUUCUUCCGGUUGACAAAGAAACUUGUAUGCUCUAUGAGAAUCAAGAUCAUCAUCAUCAUACGAGUUGUUCACCGCCUUUUUUUGAAGUCUUUUCUUCUGCGAUUGGUCCAUGUUUCUUUUCGAUCUUACUGUCUGCGAUUCUCUCUCGAGGAGUGCACAAGAGUCUUCCCAAGAAGUGGGAAGCAAUUGCCAAGAAAAUGAUAGCUAUGACGAUCAAACACCAUUUCCAGAUUGAAACCUCCAUUUUCUUGUUCUUUAGUUAUGGUUUCUUGGUCACACCAAAUGUCUCUCGCCGCCGCGUUUUAUCUUUCUCUCUCCCUCGCUCGCUCGCUUUGCUCUCAACGGAAAAUUUGCAGAAACUCUCAUCUGAGCUCAGAAUCCUCGAGAGUUCGUAG